AUGGGGAAUUCUUUUGGGUGCUCGGCCUCCGGUGAGAGGUUGGUCUCGGCGGCGAGGGACGGCGAUUUUGUGGAGGCAAAGAUGUUGCUUGAUUGCAAUCCAUGUUUGGCCAAGUAUUCUACCUUUGGUGGCCUUAACUCCCCUCUUCACUUUGCUGCCGCUAAAGGCCACAACGAGAUUGUUGCAUUAUUAUUAGAAAAUGGAGCUGAUGUGAAUUCAAGAAAUUACUGUGGUCAGACGGCAUUGAUGCAAGCCUGUCGCUAUGGCCAUUGGGAAGUUGUUCAAACUCUUCUUCUCUUUAGAUGCAAUGUUACAAGAGCUGAUUAUCUUAGUGGGAGGACAGCGCUCCAUUUUGCUGCAGUGAAUGGGCAUGUAAGAUGUAUAAGACUUGUUGUGGCUGAUUUUGUCCCAAGUUCUCCUUUUGGAUCUCUGGAGAACCAAGCAAACAGUGAUAGGGUCGAUGAUUCAGUUAUGAAGACGAAGAAUGAGCAGAGCUCACUAUCAAAAUUUGUAAACAAGGCUGCGGAUGGUGGAAUAACUGCUCUGCAUAUGGCCGCAUUGAAUGGAUAUUUUGAUUGUGUACAGCUGCUCCUUGAUCUUCAUGCAAGCGUCUCAGCUGUGACAUUCCACUAUGGAACUUCAAUGGAUUUGAUCGGUGCUGGAAGUACUCCUCUUCAUUAUGCUGCAUGUGGGGGGAAUUUGAAGUGUUGCCAGAUCCUCCUUGCAAAGGGUGCCAAUAGGAUGACACUAAAUUGUAAUGGGUGGCUCCCUGUUGAUGUUGCACGGAUGUGGGGGCGUCAUUGGCUUGAACCCAUUUUAACACCACAUUCAGAUACAGCACUCCCAGUUUUUCCGCCUUCCUAUCAUUUAUCUCUUCCACUGCUAAGCGUACUCAAUAUAGCCAGAGAAUGUGGGUUGCAUCCAUCAGCGACCCCAUCUGAUGAUGCUGAUACUUGUGCCGUUUGCCUUGAAAGAACCUGUUCGGUAGCUGCUGAAGGUUGCGGACAUGAACUUUGUGUUAGGUGUGCACUCUAUCUCUGUUCCACAAGCAACAAUCCAUCGGAAUCACAAGGGCCGCCUGGUUCUAUUCCUUGUCCUCUCUGCCGGCAUGGUAUUGUCUCAUUCGUGAGGCUGCCUGGUUCUCCCGCAAAAGAAAGUAAAUUACAUCUGUCGUUGGGUUUAUGUACACCAUGCAUGCUUCAUCCUAGAGAACAAGAGCAAUCAUCGCCGUCGAGCUCUCAGGAAAUCCGAAAGAACCGUGUGGUUGCUGUUCCAUCGGAUCUUCUGUGUCCUGUUACUUGCAGUCCUUUCCCUUCGGUUUCUAUUCCUCUGUGUACAUGCAAUGAUGGACCUUGCCCUAAUUUUGAAACUGGAGAAAGUCAAACACAAGGAGAAUCUCCCAAUCACACGCACUCUAACCCGGCUGAUACAGAAAAAAUGGAGAGCGUGAGAUUGGAGAAAACUACCUGUUCAAGCAUGUUUUGGGGCAGAAGGAGCUGCAGCCGGGAGAAUCAAUGCAAUGCGGAAAUAAAUGCUUGA